AGACGAAAUGAAUUAUUUAAUAUGUUGCGCGCGUUGGCAUGGUUACAUAGGACUAAAUCUGUAACUGAACACGCCUCUUGGCAACAUCGUUGAAAGCUAUAGGAAGAUCGUCGUUUUAAAUAUAACCUAUGGAAUACUUUGCGCGCUUGCGCCGUAGACACAAGCAAGGCCAACGGUUUUUCAGUUUCUCAUACAUAAAGUUAACGUUCGACUUGGGUGACAUCUCUUCUUCGUUUUCCUAUGUGCUGGACAGUUAUAAGUGGAAACAGCAAGGAUACAGAACGCAAAUAGACAUCGCUCUCUGUGCAUUGCCCUCCCAUGGAGUGCCAUUGCCAUUGUUUGAAAAAUUCGACUUGUAACAAUAUUAUUGCCAGUGCCAGAAGCCAAUAAAUCAACAAGAGAAAAAAACAAACAAAAAAAAAUAGAUCUCCAUCGCAGCUAUUGAUUUCCGGAAGGAGACGUUCAUUUACAAUUCAUUCUCGCCCUCCCACUCUACCCUGUGAUAUUUUGACACCGUAUAUAAAUUCGUUAGUGGUGAUACUUGUAUCGUAGUCAUGAGUGCAAUACAGUCUUCCAUCUCGAAGCGCAAUCUGCUCAUGAUGCGCAACCGAAGUGGAUCUCAAGGAACCAACGAAGUCAAUUUGGCUCUAAUAGGAGAGCUCGGCAGCGGAAAAUCAGCCCUCACCGUAAAGUAUAUCACCCGACGAUUCAUCAAUGAAUAUGAUCCAGAACUAGAGGACACAUAUUCUAAACCGGAGCAAGUGGACAAUCAAGACAUAUUGGUGCGGAUUAUGGAUACUUGUGACAAAGAAGGCAAAGACCCCGAACGUUACUUGAAAUGGGCCGACGGUUACCUUGUAAUAUACAGUAUCACGCAGCGGAGCAGUUUUGAAACGGCACAGAGGUAUCUGGACGGAAUUAGCCAACAUCUAAGACUCACCACCACUUACGAUGCGCCAUUGAUUCUCAUAGGAAACAAGGUGGACCUGGAGCGCUAUAGGACGGUCAGUAAAGCCGAGGGUUCCAGUCUUGCGCAUUUCUAUAACGCAGCCUUUUUCGAGACUUCAGCGGCCGAAGAAUUUAACUCUGUCGAGCGUGUUUUCCACGAAGCCAUUCGCGAAGUGAUUCGCGAGCAGGAGCGUUACAUGCCUAUCCGCAGUUUAUACAUCGCCAAUGACGAAAGCAAAAGCGGCAACAGUUUCCUCACCCAUAUUGAUCGUUCGCGACGGUUGCGGUCUCCCGGAAUGAUCCAUCAUAAUAAGAGCGGACAGUCCAGCUCGUCGUCGGGCGCCAGCAAGGACGGCGGCGGGAGCAGUCGACCAGAAGCGGCCGGCAACAACUCCCGAUUCUCUUUCCUUAAAGGCAAAGGGUUCAAGGGAAUUUUCCAAUAAUAUCACGACAAACGAGCUAAAUUACAAGACGUGCUGUAUUUCACUUUCCCUCCCCGCCAAUCAUUUGGUUGCAAUGUUUUCGUGUCGUCUACUUUGCCAUCCUACAAUGUCCUCUCACAUACUUUUAGCUGCCUCAUUGUGAUCUAAUGUUGACAAAUAUAUGGCCCCUACAAAAUUGUCUUCACGCGAUAUAGAACGAAUUUACAUUUGAAGAUAAAUAUAUCACUACCUUGGCUCAA